AUGGCUGCAGCACUUACAGUCCCAGAAGUAGUCCUCCCUUCCUCCACCGGACAACGGAAAAUGCCGGUGAUGGGCCUCGGCACCGCACCCGAAGCAACCAGUAAGGUUACUACAAAAGAUGCUGUCCUUGAAGCAAUCAAACAAGGUUACAGACAUUUUGAUGCUGCUGCUGCAUAUGGUGUUGAACAUUCUGUCGGCGAAGCCAUAGCUGAAGCCCUUAAACUUGGACUCAUUUCAUCAAGAGAUGAACUCUUUGUUACUUCUAAAUUGUGGGUUACUGAUAAUCAUCCUCACCUCAUUGUUCCUGCUCUAAAGAAAUCUCUCAGGACUCUUCAACUAGAAUAUUUAGACCUAAUUUUGAUCCAUUGGCCAAUUACGACUAAUCCUGGUGAAGUUAAAUACCCUAUUGAUGUAUCAGAUAUUGUGGAAUUUGACCUAAAAGGUGUGUGGACAUCAUUGGAAGAAUGUCAAAAACUAGGUCUCACCAAAGCUAUUGGAGCUAGCAACUUUUCUAUCAAGAAGCUUGAAAGACUGCUAUCCUUUGCAACCAUCUCUCCUGCAGUGAAUCAAGUGGAAGUUAACCUUGGAUGGCAACAAGAGAAGCUUAGAGCCUUCUGCAAGGAAAAGGGUAUUAUCGUAACUGCCUUCUCACCCCUGAGAAAGGGUGCUAGCAGAGGAGCUAAUUUAGUGAUGGACAAUGAUAUACUCAAAGAAUUGGCAGACGCUCAUGGAAAGACUGUAGCUCAGAUUUGUCUAAGAUGGUUGUAUGAACAAGGAUUGACAUUUGUGGUAAAGAGCUAUGACAAGGAGAGGAUGAACCAGAACUUGCAAAUAUUUGACUGGUCAUUGAGUGAGGAUGAUUACAAGAAAAUAAGUGAAAUUCAUCAAGAGAGACUCAUCAAAGGACCAACCAAGCCUCUUCUUGAUGAUCUAUGGGAUGAAGAAUGA